AUUCAUAUAUCGUAGUCAUUUAACGCGCGCAGUCGCAACGUUACGGACGGAAGGAAAUUCAAAUUACAAAUUACACAUACACACAAACAUUUAUGGAUUUAUAAUUAAAAAAAUAGUAAAAUAAUAACGCCUUUGUUUUCUUACGUUUUUUUGUGCUUAAUAACGAUUUAAAUUAAUUAAAACGAUUACAGUUAAUAACGAUUUAAAGGAUUUCGGAUUUCGGAUUUCGAUAAAAUAAAAUAAAAACUAACAUUAACGCGAAAAAGAAUUCAAAUUUGAAAUAAUAGCAAUUGAAAUUAUAUUUGAAAUGAAAAAAUAUCGUUAUGGUUUAUUUGCCCUACUGCUAUUUGGAUUAUUUUACUUUUCAGAAGGUAAACCCUGUCCCGAGCGAACGAGACCCCACAAGACCCGCUGUGAUGCCUAUUAUAAAUGCACAGAAUUAACGGCUGAUAAACAUGUGUGGGUGCCUACACGAUGCGAAGAAGGACUUGUAUACGAACACAGUCUAGCAGUAUGUGUGCUACCAGCUGACGAUUGGGAAUGUUUAAUGGGAGAUCAUAAGACCAAUACCAAUCCUACGCCGAAAAAUGAAAAACGACAAACAAAUCCGACCAGUAAUAAAGAUGCUGAUAUUUAUAUAGUAUCGAAUGCUGAAGACGAAGAAAAUAGUUUAAGUAAUAAAUUUGAUGAUGGUAAAGUGGAGAUUAUUAUAGGCCCUGGUAUAAGUGAUGAAGAUAAGGGUGAGGGCGUUGACGACCAGCUGUAUGAUGGUAGUGGUAAUGGUGGAGAAUUGGUGGAAUUAGAUGGUUUUAUGCCGGCACAAAAUCGUGAAGCUGAAGAUGAUAUGAGUGAAUUGAAGGAAAAGGAUGACAUGAAUAAGAAAUAUAAAUUAGAAAUCAAUAAAAUGGAACAAAAAGAAGAACUUGAAGAAAUGUUGCAAACUAUAAAAACCAAGGCUGAAAUAGGACAACCCUCCUCCAAUAUAGAUCCUAAAUUAACGGCACAUUUGCAAAGAUUAUCUCAGUUAAUAGAUGGUUUAAAACAAACCUAUCAGUCACCAGAAGCUAAGCCACAAAAUGAACAAGACUUAAGACCAGAUCAACUGAAUGCUUUUUUGGCUCAUUUUAAUAUUAAAAAUAAAUUUGAUACUUUAGAUCCCAAUGAAGGGGUAAAGGAUGUUAGUGGUUUCAGCACUACCACACCUAAGCCCAAUAGAACUUUGCUAUAUAAACAAGAAUUUACUACUACGAAGUUGAAUCCCGAAACUAAGGUGGUAUUAUUAAAUAUGUUACCUCAACGUUAUGGUGGCAAUAGUCACGAUAAUGGUAAUUCCGGAGGAGGUUAUUCUAAUUCGCAAAUUGUAGUUAAUAGACCAGAGGGUUCGGUACUCUUUAGUCUACCUACUGAACAUCAUUUCAUGGAACAUCCAGAAUAUUCUUCAGAUAAUACACCUAAAAUUUCCGAAGAAACUUUAAAAACAGUUCUAGAAUUGUCCAAACAAAUGAUAGCUCAGCAAAAUGUGCCAAAAGUGAUACCAAAUCCCACCUAUUUUGCCUCGCCCAUAAUGCAACCUAUACUAUUGACGCCUCAUGUCGAUAGCCCGUUUUCUACCAACUAUAUGGGCUCUAGUUCUAGUGGUUUGGGGUAUUCAGGUCAAUUUACUAAUGGAGCGGUUUAUAAUCAAAAUUUUAAGUAUAAAAAACCGGGAAAAAGACCAUCACAACAACAUAAUGCUGGUUAUAAUGUAAAUGAUAAUGGAGGUUAUGGAGGUAACAGUAAUAAUGGUUAUGGCAGUGAUAACCAGGGUUACAACAACAAUGGUUAUGGCAGCGAUAAACCCGCCACCACUAUAAUUCAUAACAAUGUUAUACCAGUCCAUGUAUCCACCACUAGUUCGGGCGAAAAAGAAGUUUUAGACAGUUAUGGACAAAGUUUGGGUUUGUAUCCACCACAUCACGAAGAGAGACCUGAUAGCAAUACCGACUAUCAUGAGAACUCUAAUGCGAAUAAUGGUUAUACUACGGGAUUUCAAAAUAAUGAAUAUCCCAGAACAACAACGAAAAGACCUUCUUAUGUGGGCAUCUCAACGACGUCUAGUACCUAUGGUUCCACACCUAGACCUUAUAAUUAUCAACCCACCGCCAGUACCAUUAAUCAGUACUUUACACCCAGCGAACAUUUGGGAGAGCAUAAUGUCAACAAUGUUUUUCCUUCGGUGGAUAAUUUUGGCAGUGUACCCAGACCUUUAAAGGGUAAGAGCCCUAAUCUUCAACUAUAUAAACCUUCGCAGGAAAAUGAGAAUAACAACGAUGGCUAUGGCAGCCCGAAUCAACUGUUUUCGCAAAUCGAUAACCAAAAACAUCAUAUGAGGCCAAAUUCUCAAAAUUAUGAAAGCAUGGAAAACGAAAAUGAUGAUCUUAUGAAUAACUAUCAAGAUGACAAUAAUGAGGAGGAAUCUCAAUUAGUUACCUAUACCUAUGGCAAGAAAAAGAAACCGGGACAACAAGCUCAGUACUCAAAUUUUGCAAAUUCUAAUUCACAAUCUUCCCUAAAUUCAGCUUUUAGCACCAAUAAUCCUUAUAUGUCUAGACCACAAACCAAUCACCAUAAUUCCCCUUCCUCUUCCCAUUCAUAUUAUUCCUCAGGUAAAAAUAAAUAUACACCCAUAAGCUCACCCAUAUCCUCGGCCUAUACCGAUGGUACACAACUGGUGAAUGUGGGUGGUAACUUUAUAAGCUUUGAUGUUUUUCAAAAUUCUAUACUCCCUCUAGUGGGCAAUAAUCCGGCCAGUCUUUCCUCCUCUCUCAACAAUGUUGAAGUGAUUACCUGUGCGGCCGGUGUAAGACAACCCAAUACUACGGAUUGUACUCGCUAUUAUGUUUGCAGUAAAAAGGAUGGCAGAGUUCUAUCCUACUCCUGUCCACCCUAUACUGCAUUCAAUAAUGAGGCACGUAUAUGUGAUGCCAAAACGUAUGCCUUGUGUAAUGCUGACUCCAUAGUGCCCAGCUAUACGGUAUCCGAAAAUAAACGACUACAAAUGGAAACUUUGAAAGCUUUACAGGAUGCCAAACGUCGUCAAAUGUUGCAACAACAGCAGCAACAACAACAAGCUAUUAAAGCUCAAAAUCUUGCUAAUCUAUUGCAGCAAUACAAUAACCCCUCCUCCUCCAACUCACCCUUCAGUAAUCCACUCACAUCAAUAACCUCUCCAGAUCAAGAUAGUUCAGAACAAAAUAUGCUCGAUUCUUAUAUGCAACAGGCCGCCUCGCUAUCACAAAGCUUUGGCACAACACCCCGCCCCCAAAUAACAACACCCACCGUUAAAAAACGCAAAUACUAUUGCAAAGAAGGUGAUAAAAUCGCCGAUCAAACUUCAAUUUAUAAUUAUUUUGUUUGCUACAAAAAUGCCCAGGGUCAAAUGAAGGGUCAUAAGAUGACCUGUUCGAAAGGAUUGCUAUUUUGUCCAAAAUCCACUAUGUGUACCUUGCCAUCAAAAUGUUCGUAAUUUAUUUAUUUAGUUUUAACGCCACAAUUAGUUUUAGUUUUCAGUAUUUGCCAAUUAUCUGUAAUUUUAAUUAUUUAUUUAUUUAGUUGUUAAGUUAAGCGAAACAAAAUUAUUUAUUUAUAACACAAAAAAAAGAAACUAAGAAUUUAAAUUAACCCCAAAAGAUUACAAGAAAGUUGUAUUAAUUACUACUCUAUGUAUAAUUAUUUUGUAUUUAAAAUAAGAAUAAAUUAUUAUUUACGAUGAAAAAAAAUUUAAA